UAAAUACUUCACACUUGUGAAGCAAUUUUAAACAAAUCGAGUACCCAUUCGGGGGUUGAUUUUUCAUUUGCACACCCAAUUGGCAACAGUGACAUCUCCUGAUCGGUCAUAAAAGGAAGCUCGAUCUGUCAACUGUUCUUGUCUCCACAGGUUAAAAACCCCUUUAAAACCCACAUACUCUUUCCAUUUUUCAGCCCCCCCCCCCCUCCCUCCAUUGGCUAUCUCUCCUUCAAACGAUUAUACCCAAAUUCCUCUCUGGUUUACCCUUAGUGCUCUUCCUACUUUCGUUUUCUCACCGUACCAUAAAAAAGAAGUGCAGAAUCAUGGGGGGCUUCUCCUCAUCUUGCAAACAGAGUUUGGAUCACGAAAAUCUUGCUACAAUCAUCGUACAAGAAUCAGAUAUGUUAAGUACUCCUUUGAACCUCAAGAUCCCAACAGAACAAAGACAAGACAUGACUUCAGAAAAGACUUGUCUGUCUCCAAUAAUUGGUGAAUUGAAUUGCAUAGCCAACGUAGCUUUCCCGAUGGUACUAACGGGGCUUUUGCUCUACUCUCGAUCCAUGAUUUCCAUGUUGUUUCUUGGGCGUCUAGGGGAGCUCGCUUUAGCCGGUGGCUCACUGGCUAUUGGAUUUGCUAACAUCACAGGGUACUCCGUUCUCUCUGGCCUUGCCAUGGGGAUGGAGCCCAUCUGUGGUCAAGCUUUUGGUGCCAAAAGAUUCAAAGUUCUUGGCCUCACCAUGCAAAAAAUGAUACUUAUGCUUCUUUUGACUUCAAUUGCCAUUGCUUCUUUGUGGUUCAGCAUGAAAAAUAUCCUUCUCUUUUGCGGCCAAGAUGAAAAUAUCGCCAAUGAAGCUCAAUCCUACAUUCUUUAUUCUCUUCCAGACCUUCUUGCACAAUCCAUUUUACACCCUUUGCGUACAUAUUUGAGGACUCAGUCUAUAACCCUGCCUCUCACAUACUGUUCGACUCUGGCGAUUCUUCUCCACAUUCCCAUUAAUUACCUUCUGGUUUCGGUGCUCAAUCUUGGCAUCAAAGGCGUUGCUUUGGGGUCCGUUUGGACGAACUUCAAUCUCGUAGGUUCGUUGAUUGUUUACGUGAAAAUCUCCGGGGUGUACAAGAAAACAUGGGGUGGAAUUUCCUCAGACUGCUUCAAAGGCUGGAAAUAUUUAUUGAAUUUAUCCAUUCCAAGCUGCAUUUCAGUUUGCCUGGAAUGGUGGUGGUAUGAAAUCAUGAUUUUGUUAUGUGGGCUGUUGUUAAAUCCACAAGCAACUGUUGCUUCAAUGGGCAUUUUAAUUCAAACCACAUCUUUUAUAUACAUUUUCCCAUCUUCCUUAAGCUUUGGUGUGUCAACGAGAGUUGGAAAUGAACUUGGAGCUAACAAUCCAAACAAAGCAAAAAUAGCUGCAAUCGUCGGCCUCUCAUCGAGCUCGGUACUCGGAUUUUCCGCAUUCGUUUUUACUAUAUUGAUAAGAAAAAAAUGGGCUGCAAUGUUCACCCAAGACCCGGAAAUCAUCGCCUUAACAUCCAUGGUUUUGCCUAUACUUGGACUUUGUGAGCUCGGAAACUGCCCACAAACAACAGGCUGCGGAGUUUUAAGAGGAACGGCGAGGCCAAAAUUAGGAGCAAACAUCAACUUGGGAUGUUUUUACCUUGUAGGCAUGCCAGUUGCAGUGUGGUUGAGUUUCUUCACAGGGUUUGAUUUCAAAGGUCUUUGGCUUGGUCUUCUAGCCGCCCAAGGUUCGUGUUUGCUAACCAUGUUGUUCACUGUGACUCGCACCGAUUGGGACUUUCAAGCCUGGAGGGCGCAGGAACUGACCAGAGAGGUGCCUGUUGAUGAUGAUGACCACACCAACCAGGAUGGGAGUAUGAAAGAAUCUUCAGGGUUAUUACAUCAUGACAUAAAACAAAAACAACUUACCUGUCUGAUUUGAGUUAAUAGCAAGGGUUGAUUUUUCUAACCAAUUGUUUUUUUUUUCCUGUGAAUUUGAUCAGAAUAGAAUUUCUUUGUGUUACGCAUU